AUGACUCCAAAUGAGCAAUUCAAGGAGAUCAGCCAUCUGGUGAUACCGCGUGCAGAGCUCUCGGGUCGUGUGAUCACUAAAGAGGCGUUCGGGCAUUGCAUCAUUGGCUGUCCUCAGUGCAUCACAGGAGCAAAGUAUGACCGGAAUCUACUUCACUUCAACACCUGCCUUGUAGUGCGGCCACGUGCUGCUCCCUAUCUUGACGAUGUGACCGGUGGCUGGCAUCUUUGGCCUUCGAGUUCUCCUGACUCCAGCAAUUGUAUUGGAGGUGGUGGAUGUGAAAUUGUCAGCGCUCUGAGGCCUCCUAUACUGGCUGCAUACGAAACCCUUGCUCGCAAGUUAAACGUUUAUCUUGCGGCAGAAGAGUUGGAGCAUGGCCUGCUUACCCGAGACACUGUCCAAGUGACCAGUGGGGAGCAGACUCAGUUUUCAAAGGGCGAAGUCCAGACCGAGAGUGGUGGACGCAUCAAGGUUGCGCGUCCCGGACUUUCGUUUUUUGACCAAAUUUGGACAGACCUCAAGGAGACCGGAUUGUCUAUUCUCAGUAUUAGAGGCUCGCGCUCACUCUACCUCAAGGUUAGACUUAAAAUAUAA